UCUUCUCUUUCUCUUUCCGCACGAGAAGAGACCCGCUUAAGGUUUAUAAACAUUGUUGGAUCAAUCAACGGUGCUUAGCACCAUCCGUCACGAAGUCACCGUGAAAGAUGGAGACGUCGCGUCGCAUGCGCCCGUUCGUGGGAUCCAUUACACCCGCGACGUAGACGUCUCGGAUAAGCCCGUUCAAUCUCUCUCCGUUCCAACAGAGACAUCGAGGAUGGCCGACAUCAAGCAGGAUCACAAGAACGAGGAUGUGGACAGUUAUGGGAUGAGUAAUAGUGCCGAUCCGAAGAACAUGCAGGAGUUGACGCAAUACGUGAGUCCACAUACACGGAAUGAUGAUGAUAACACACCCGGGGACGCAUCGCCACGUGACGUUGACGCUACGUUGACUCCUUUGCAGGUGCAAACGCUGCUGCAGAAUAUGCAGGACAAAUUUCAAACCAUGUCCGAUCAGAUCAUAGGAAGAAUAGAUGAAAUGGGCAACAGAAUAGAUGAUCUGGAAAAGAAUAUCGCGGACCUAAUGACACAAGCAGGAGUCGAAGGUGGUGAUAAAUAAGUUCAUUCUUCUUUCAAAUGCACUAAUAUAUAAAUAAUCACUCAUCCAAAGCAUCUGAGAUAGCCAUAUUAUAAUUGUGGAAGAAGAAUGUAUGCAAGUAAUAUGGUAUGCGAUAUAUUAUAGAUGAUAUUAAAGACUUCUGACAUGUAGGAAUUGCUGGGACAGGUUUGAGAAUGAAACGUUUCUUUACUUUAUAUCCAGAGUAUCUUGAUACUGUCUUCUAGAAAGAUAGAAGGACAAAAAUUAAAAAUGUUAUUGAAAUUACAUAGAUUUAUGCCUAGUCCUCACAGGCUUUUCUUGAAUUGAUUCUGAUUCUGUUUCCUCCGUGCUGUCUGCAUACUCCUCAACUUGAACUGAUUCAGAAGAAUUUGUGAAUCCAGUUUGUACAGAAUCCUGCAAUUUUUAUAUUAAGAUCUUAAUAACAUAACAUAAGAAGAUAGACUAUAAGGAGCAAUGUAUGUUCAAAUUUUUGCACUUACGACAGAUUCAGCUUCUCGAUUACUUGAUUUCUGCGAUGUCACGGGAGAAGAUGCGAAUCGAUUGGCUAAAUUCGUUAAUGAAUAAGCCUGUCGAAAUGAAGUUCUAUUCACUGUGUCUAGUCUUGCGACGGAAUCGGGAACGCGCAUUGUCUCUCUAAAUUCCUGAGUAACAAUAUAAUUGCAUAUAUUUAAAUAAUAAUUGACAUAAUACUGUAUACUGAACAUUUGAU